AAACUGAUAUUGCUCAGUUAAAUGCAAGUGGAAAAAAUAUCAUUGAGCAAUACAAGACUUUGUUAAACCAAUUAAAAAAUAAUAAUCAACUAACUGAUGAUGAGAAAAAAAAGGCGGUUGAAAAUAUAACUUUCAUGAGAGAUCGAGAAAAUCUCGUUCGAUUGAGAGAAAUUACUUACCUAUGGAAUGAAAUUAUUGACAACGCCAUUCAAAAAGCACAACUCAAGCUUCCAUUUCCAAGAUACAUUAUCGAAUGGAUACCAUUCGAUGACCUUGAACAUGUUGCGUAUAAAACAAAAGGUGGAUUCUCUGAAAUUUCCACUGCCAUUUGGAAGAAAGGCGUUAUAAUGUCAUUUGAUAAAAAGAAACAAGAAUUUGUAAGAGGCAAACCGAUUACUGUGAUUCUUAAAAACCUUUCGAAUGGUCAACAAGCAGAAAAAGAGUUCUUAAAAGAGAUAGAAACUCAUAUUUCAUUGGGUUCUGAGGGUUUUACUGUUGCUACCUGUUACGGCAUAACAAGAGACACUAAAACCGGUGAUUACAUUCUUGUGCUUGCUAACUAUGAACAAGAUCUAGGAACAUAUAUUAAAAGUUCCUAUAGCAAAAUCACUUGGAAAGAAAUUUAUAAAAUUUUUUAUAAUAUUUCAG